CGCACUUCUCAUUUCAGUUCAAUAAAGAAACUCAAGGUUAUCAACUGACCAGAAUUCUUUAAGUCAUCUGUUACAGAAGAGGAUCCAGAGGUGACCCAACAACUCAAUCCAGGAAAAAGAUAUGGCCAACAGCGAUGGCAGAAAAUGGGACCCGUAUGAGACCUCACAGAAAAGGGAUUUUGUAAGCAGACCCAGUACACCGGUUCCAGUUUUACGGCCAACUACCUCCAGGGCCUAUAGAAAUUCAUAUGCUUUGGAUGGAUCCAUUGGUGUAACUGCAUAUAGCAAAGACUUUUGCUGGAAAACUCCAUCUAAGCCUGAGUGUGUCCGGACUGGGACAGCCUCUGGCAACAGGAGAAACAACCCACACCCAAGCCAGGGUUUUAUGGUAUGGAGGCUUCCCCCCGGAUUGAAGCUUUGUGAAAACCCCCCACCAGAGGAUGAAGUCAAAAACGCUCUGUCUGCUCAGUACAAGUCAACAUACAGAAAUGACUUUUUGGGCUUCCCUCAAGGCAUCAUGAUGAAACGUAGAGCCCUAAAUCCUGUUAAGCACAUUUCAGAAGUUCCCCAGAGCAUCCAGACUGAGAUGAGAUAUAACUAUCGUAAGCCCGUUCAGAGACCUGAAUUUCAGGGAAAUAUAUCCCACCGUGAGGCAACAAAGGGGAUAGUCCCUGCAGUAGUUCCAAGGCAUAUCCACACCCAGGAAAGCAUGAAGACUACCUACGACAGGCAUUUCUGUGGCAAAUCCACAGACUUUGCUUCAGUGCUCAGAUCUCUCCAGCCUGAGGAACUCCAGCACUUCUACAAACAUUUACCUGAAAAGGAAAAAAUGGUGUUGCAAACACUUUUGAAGAAAACCCCAAGUCCCUCUGGUCAAGGAAAGAAAAUAAUUGAGCCAGUGGCACUCACGCAACCUCCUGCAGUGCUAGACAGGAUAUCCGUCUGGCCUGGGCCUCUGUGA